ACGGCUGCGACGCGGACGAACAGUACGACGAGCGGCACGGGUAAGCCGAACAGUGGUGUGUGCUUCCAUUGUGGGCAGCCAGGUCACUGGGCAACGGCGUGCCUCAACGAGCCGAAGUGUUUCGCGUGUCAUCAGACCGGCCACUACGCACGCGCGUGUACGGAUGCUGAUGCGAAAGCACGCAACGAUGCUUAUCUGGAGCAGCGUGGGCAAAAACCACGCACGGCAGCGGAAAACGAGUAG